AACAAAGCACCAACGCCUACGGCCCUAAGCGCACCAACCCCUUAGCCUCAGUUGGAAAAUGAAGAGGCGUCAUGUUGCCGAGUUUAGUAAGACAAGCGCACCAACGCCUCAUCACCAGGACUUCUCGCUUCGUUCCUCAUUUAGCUUAAGUGUUAUUACCUUGAAGUUUCGCUCGUGUUCUUGUUUGGCAACAGGCAGGUGGGGAACCUUGCAGACGGAAUCGAAGCCGGUAAUGGAAAUGGUGGCUGAUGAUAAGCUUCAACCCCGCCCCCGAGCGAGCUCACCCACAACCGCGUCCCCAACCCCCCCUCACCCUGAGUUCUCCCUCACCCCCAACCCAGCGGCUCUGAUGGUGAACAUCAAUCCUGCGGGGAUCAGCGGUGGGUUGGUGGCCGCCUUGGUCGUCGGAGCGGGCAUCGGAGGCGCAAUCGUCUGGUACGCCUUCUCGUCUUCCAGGAGAGCCAAGUUCCUAAAAUUGCUGACCGGAGGGUACGCCUCCAAGCCUGAGGAUCUCCAUGGAGUAGUCCAGGCGACGUAUCUGAUCCGCGCGCAGAAUGAUGAGAAGCGGGCGCAGCAACACAAAGAGCAGUACGAGAAAUCGCUGGAAACCGCGCAAGUCAGCCGAGCGCUGUUUGACGCCGCGGUAGCCGCCGCCGCCGCCCCCGCCCCCGCCCCCGCCGUGCCAGUGCCAGUGCCAGAUAUUAUUGUCGAGGAUCCGCCAGCACCGGUCCAACCAGUCGUCCCAGUCCCAGGCCGUCGCUUCUUCUGGUUAAACUAAACAAGGCCAGAGUUUCGCUUUGUUGCUGGGAUUCUCCAACUUAGUACGCACGGCGAGAAACAGUAACCAUGGAGUUUGAUUAACCGGAGGGAAAAAAAAACCCGGGUCCAAAGUCAUUGGCGGUUUCCUCUAUAUUAAUAUAUUUGCCUUUUCGAAAAAAAAAAUUAUUGGCGGUUAAAAAAACGCAAAACACACCUCAUCAGAUCCUA